UUUCAUUCUUCGUUACCCUGGGGGCAGGGAGGCAACGAAGGACAAUUGAUGCAGCAAGCCCGAUGUCAAAGUAAAAAUUACGCGUGGCCGUGUUGGGGAUGAUAUUUGGAAGCGGAGCUGAUGUGUGGCGUGGAGCCGGAAGCCGGCUGAGGGAAUGUUGACGGGGACGGGACGGGACGGCGGGGAUGCAGCGGGAGCUGAGCGACGCCGAGCUGCUGGCCGCAGAGCCCGAGUGCAGCAGCGAGCCCGAAGGGACUGAGCUAUGUGAAGGAGAUGACCACACCUUGAGCAAAUCUAGUGAGUCUGAGUCUGACCAAACUGGCCAUGGAACAGAUAAAGCUGCCUGCAGUGGACAUGAGCAAUCUUCCAUUCAGCUGUCUCUGUCAGGGAAUAGAACUGAUUCACAGUGUGAAGGCAGCAGCAUCAAAAGGAGAAGGCAGGACAAUAGGAUCCCACUGGAACGGUUUGAUCGAAAGUACCUGAGUGUCACAGACCUGAGUCGACAGGCUUGGUGUGAGCAGCAGGUGGUCUAUGGGAUGGAACUGCCGCACAUUCAACAACUACGUGAUGAGGUACCAGUUGUGAAAACUGGUAGCAGCAUUCAUCUGGCAAGAGAGUUGGAGAUCCAGGACGUUGUCCCAAUAAAUAUAGAGAGCCAGGAAGAUAGUUGGGGUGUUAAGCUGCUUAAUUUUCUCUCAAUGAUCCAGUUCUUGCAGACAGGGGAGUGUGUCCGAGAGCUGCCUGUGUUUGGAGAACUGGAGGGGAUUUUCCUGGUUGGUGUGAUUGAUGAGCUGUGCUAUAAUUCCAGUGGUGAACUGGAAUUGCACGAACUGAAAACUCGUGGUCAACCAACAUUACCCCGUGCAGCCCAGAGGAAGAGCUAUCAUUUACAAGUCAGUGUAUACAAACUUCUCUUUGAGGCUAUGAUCAAAGGCCAGCUGAACAAAGACACAAUCAUUCACCAUCUUCACUUACAAACAGAGCGGAGCUUUGGUUCAGAGGUCAUAGCGUAUGCUCAGAAGAUAGGAUUGUCUGUAAACACAUUUGGUGGCCUCUUGGAUUUAAUAUUUUUGAACCUGAUGUACACUGAGAUCCCCACUGUUGACAUCCUGAAGAUAGAAUACUGUUACCAAGCUGAUGCAUCUGUAAUUGGGACAGAAGUGGUGUGCUUUGAAGAGGAGUGGGUUAAAAAGGAGCUGAAAUAUUAUUGCUCCUUCUGGAAGGGCCAGAGGGAGGCCAAGGGGGUGGAUAUCGAAGAGGCUUGGAAAUGUCGGACGUGCGACUUUGCAGAUAUUUGUCAGUGGAGAAAGAAGAAAGCUGAAGAAGCCGCAGAGAAGAAUCAAGCAAAUCAUAGAAAAUGAAGAUGAUCAAGUUUGGCCAUCAAAUUUCUCCUCUGCUGUCAGCCUGCUUUUAGCAUGCUAGAUGAUGAGCUCUCUAACAUCCAAAUGCCUCUUGAUAAAUGAAGCACAUCAUUGCCAGUGAUUCAUUCCGCUGGCCAGGAUACACAGCUGGACAAAAUGAUCACAAGGAGCCAUGCUCACAGCAGAGUGAGUUAUAAUUAAUGGUUUUCUACUGCCUCAGUCCUGUACUCUACAUGUAGGGGAGUUCCCAGUGCUGUGGAAUUGAAAGCAUCUUUACAUGUGAAAUGCGUUGUGAUAAUGACAACUUAUCUGUUAACAAGUCCAUGCAUUUUGGACAAAUAAGACUACUAGUGGACCAGGUUUGCCAAGAGGCAAUAUUUCUUGCAGCAUCUCUUGAAAGUUUGACCAGAUACCAUUUUAUUCACUGUUAUAAAGGAAAUGCAAUCCUGCAUGUUUUUUUGAGUUUUCUGACCACAUGUAGUUGAUGGGGGGGAAAAAAAAAGACUUGGAGUUUUCUGGCAUAUUUCACAACCACAUGAUGUUCCAAAGAACUACUAACUGCUAAAGUUGUUAACUGCGAUUAUUAUUGUGUUGUGACACACAGUUUGUAUUUAGCUGAAUGUAAGUAGUGACUCAACCAGUGUAUUUAUUAAAAAGUUUACCAGAUUCUUCCAUUUCAAAGGCUUUAGGGACUAGAGCUUAAUGCUUUGCUAUCUGACCGUUCUUACUGGAAGUUUUUAGAAUAUCCCUCAAUGGUCAUGGAAUUGCAAUUGUAAACUACAAAGGGAGUUUGAAGGGAAAAUAAUAAUUCUCAAACUUCACAUUCCACUCUUCAAUCCUUUUUCCCUAUCCCAGCCCCCCUUUAGAAAAAAACUGACUUGUUACGGUAUGGUUUCAGGUGCCUUAUCCAGGUAACCCUUAUUCAUAAAGAGACAUAUUAAUGCAAAUUGUGACCCUGGAUUUCUGCAGGCUUUUCAUUGAGUGAAGACAUCACAUGCAUACCCUUGUCUCCCAGUGUCCAAAGAUAACCACAUGGGGUUGGUAGAUAGUACAUUCAACUUUCCCUGUGCAGUUGGAUGAAUCCAUUGAGUUAUCAGACAUGCUGGGACAAAAUCUUUUUUUAAAAAAAAAUUGCUUUCCAUUUUCCUCAUUCAGUCUUAUAAUCAUCAUGGUGUUUUGGAGUUUUAUUCAGGGGUUAGUAUUCAACAAAAAUGCCUUCAAAUUUCCACAUCAUUUGUGAGCUUCUGAUACCAGCAGCAAGAACGAGGGAAAGAUUGAUCUAUGGAUUGUUGUACAAUUUCUAGAAGAUGGCAUAAGAUCAGCAGACAACAUCUUUACAAGUAGGUUGGUUACAGUAGAUAUAGAGUCUAUGGAACAGUGAAUGGGAAUAAAACGAGGUAAGAUGGGGCAGCAGUAAUGAUGAAAGAGGGAAUAAUGCAAAGACUGAGCCUUGCAGCUACACCAGCAGGUGUAACAUCUCAGAAAGUUGUACAGUUAUACAUUGGCAGAAACAGCCCAUCAGCCCACUGUCCUAGCCAGUCAUCAUGUACCAAUCUGUAUUCGUCCCAUUUUUCAGCACUUGCCCCUUAGUCUUUAUGCCAUGGUAUUUCAAGAGCUAAUCUAAAUUCUUCUUAAAUCUUAGAGAGUACUUGUUUAACACCACCACCCUCUCAGGCAGUGCAUUCCAGACUUCAACCACCUCCAGAUGACACAAUUCUUCAAGUCUCCUCUAAAUCUUCUCCCUCUUAUCCUAAACCUAUGUCUUCUAGAUGUAGACACCUCUGUGAUGGGGAAAAGUUUCUCAUUAUCUACCAUAUCUAUGCCCCUCACACACAUCUGAAUGCAUCUAUAAAAAAUACAUCUCAGUAUCCUAAAGGAGAAAUAAAGUCUUUACAGUAUCUUAAAUGGGAAGAAGUAUUUCACAUGAAACCUAAGAAUUGGCCUACUAAUAUUCCAAUGACUAAUUUCAGAGCCUUUGACUUGUUGAAGGAUAAGCUGCAGUUGAUGUUAGAUAUUACAAUCCUGUUUAUAAGCUCCAAAAGUUUGUAUAUAGUCCAGAGCUAUUUUUGACAAAAUAGCAUUUAUUGUGCACCAUAUAUUUACUGCAAUGAAAAUACCCACUACAAUUUUAAACU